CACACACACACACACACCGUUUGUGAAGCUGUUUGACCAUUUGACCAGCGGUUCUUAUGGAGCUUUCAGGAGGUUCAGUGUUAGUAUAGGGGUCACAGCUGGUUCUGGACUGUCUGAAACUGAUCAGAGAUCAGCAGAAGUUUGUUUCUUUUCUAUGCAGCUCAGUCACAGGAAUGCAGCACAUGACCUGAGAGCAGCGCUGCAUAGCCCGCAUGUUUUCCGUCCCAACAGAGAGAGCGUGUGUGUGUGUGUGUGUGUGUAUGAUGUCCUGAAAUACGCAGCAGCGUGUCAGCGGAUCGUCCAGACUUGAGUUUGUUCUCAGGGCAGAAUAUUUAAAGGAACAAACUGCUGAUUUAUCGGCACUGUGCUGCACUCUGUGUUCAUGUCUUUAAAGUUAACAUGUGAGACAUCACAGUGCAGGAAAACCCUUCAGUGUUUUCCCUCACUGUUUGUCUGUGCUGCCUCAUAUUUAAGAAUUUACAUUACUGUCCAUUUAAACAACCUUUUAUUUUGUUGAUCAAGUUCUGAUAUCUUUUCCAUGUGUCCUGAGAAGAUCUAAGCAUAUCACAGUUAAAUCCACGGGUCAUAAAAGCUAAAUUGUGAUUGUGUUGCAGGAGGGUGAAUUAAUACAACAAUAACAUGAGCUGCAGUGGGGCUCAGUAACGAUAAGCCCAUCUUUCCAUUAAGACAGACGCUGUGCUCAUCCACACUCAGCAUCAUUUAAAACUCCUGACACGCAGACAGAAUCGCCAGAAUCGGAAGUUUAUUAAUGUUCCUACAGGGAAACAGUGUGGAGUACAGCAGCUGUGCUCCUGCUAAUUCUCCUACAGGGAGGCUUUCAAACUGUCAGCUGAUGUUUAAAAUAACUUUGACCAAAACGUCGAGCAUCGUGGUUUUAAAGAAGUCCGACGGUUCAGCAGUGGCAGAGUUUCUGUUCUGCUGGCUAUCAGCACAAUGAAGUUUCAGUGUGAUGAUGAAUCUGCUCAUCAUCAUGAUCAGUGUGGGUCCUGUGACCUCUGACCUGGUGUCAACUGGAGUGUGAACUUGUUCAGGACCAACCAUCAGAAUGUCAGCUGCAUCGGGUUUCAGCCAGUCUGCUGAUGGAAGUCGGUUUGAAUGACGACUACAGGACGUGUUCACCCGGAGCGGAUCCCUGCUGAGCGCCAACAGGUGCAUAAUUGUUCAGUAAGUAGCGCUGAUCCACGACAGAAGAGAUGACCGUCCAUGAAGAUGCAGCGAUGAAGCUCUGAUGAAACGGGACACUCGGAGAGACGGCAGCUGCUUCGACGGUCAGACCCUGAAAGACCUGAAUGCUGAAGCUUCAGUCGGCUCUGUGUUCACACUGCAGCACAGCUCUGCUCCUACACUUCUUAUUACUUCAUCAUGUUUGUCUGUCAGCAGAUCUGAGGUCAGCUUCGACAGCUUUCAGUUCUUUGACAUCUGCCUUUGUUUUGUUUUGUGCUGGUUUUAAAUCAUAUUUUCUGUGUCUAACACUAACUUUGUUUCUUCUCCAUUUGUUCUGUUCUUUGUCUGGUUCUGUUCCAGCUGGUCCCCUCUGGGAUCAGGACCCUGUUGGUUUGGAAAACAUAGCUCUUAGAUUUUCAUCAGUCCUGGUGUCUAACUGUAAGUAUUUCCAUCAGAACUGUCUGAGGAGGAGGGACGCUGGUCUCAUCAGUCAGUUACAGGAGCUGGACCGACAGAUCAGUGACCUGCGACUGGACACCGAGGCGUCACAUGAGCAGCUGGAGACUGACAGCCGUCCUAGUUCAGGUUUCUAUGAGCUGAGUGAUGGGGCGUCCGGCUCCCUCUCUAAUUCGUCGAACUCGGUCUUCAGUGAGUGUUUCUGUUCGAUGGCAGAUGCUGAUGGACGCCUCCCGUCUGCAGAUGAGCUCGCCUGUUUGGAGUGUGACGGUUUGGCCGGUCUUUUCGAUGACUCCUCUUCUUCUGGUACAGUCCGCCGCUCACUCCCGCCCACCCUGGAUGCUAUCUCCUCCAUGGCCUCCUGUGAGUCCCAGUUUAAGUACCACUGCGACCUGGUGGGCCGAAAUGGAAGCGAUGUGUACCGCUACCCAAGCCCGCUGCACGCCGUGGCUGUCCAGAGCCCCGUCUUCCUACAGAUGUUGAGUCAUGGAGGUCACAGCAGAGACGAAGGUGUUGAAGGACUCAAACCAGAAUCUUCUCCUCUUUGCACUUCUGUUUCAGCCCCUCUUGUAGCUCAGAGCUCCUCUUGGCCAGCACCCUCUACUUCUUCCUCCCAAACUCCCUCUCAUAAGCGACUGGACUGCUACAUCUUAAGUUUGGUGCAGCGGAGGACUCUGGGCGUCAGGACCAGCAGACCCCGGACCAGCAUCAGCACAGACCCCUCAAAGAGCAUCCUGAGGCAGGCCAGCCUUUGUGUGAGGCAGCUGUCUGGGUCUGGUUUAGGGACCUUGAGAGGGCCGGCUGGAUUAGCAGAAAAUGCUGCCAUCUCAUCUCCUCAAAGGCAGUGGUCUAUGGAAAGUAAACCUGAGGAGAAGGAGAGUCAAAAUAUUAUUCCUGAUAGCAGCAUUGACACACUGCAACAUGGCUUCAAGAUUAACAACACUGACACAGCCCAAAAUCAGAACAACUUUCCUCUUACAAAUAGCAUCCAAAAUAACUCUUCUCUCACUAACAAGGAUGAUAAUACAAGCACUAGCAGUCUACUGAAGAAGAAAAGCAAACAGCUUCUUCCUCCCUCAGCAGUGUCCACAGCGACCCUGCUUAAAGAAUUCAGGGAGCUUGGCAGUCCCAAAGCUUACUCCUCCCCCAAAGAGACCAAGCAGCCAUGUUUUCCUCCUGACCAGGAACUGCUUCUCAAAUCACCACCUGUCAUCAAAACACAAUCAGAUACUCCCAGGAACAGCCCUAAGCCUCUCCAAACUGUCCAGAAAGAAACGGUUGAUAAGUUAGAGCAGGAGACAGUCAGUCUAGGUUCUUCUUGCCAGAGUCAGGAUGAAGCAGGAGGAGAAGGUGGAGGGACUGACAUGAUUAAUGCCAAGUACAUUCCCACCCAGCAGCAGAACAUCAAACUCGGCAGGGAUGGCAGCAGGAAUGUCAAGACUGUCAAGGUGAAGACCAGCAUGACAGUGAAAACAAGUCGGUCCUCUGAACACAAUGAGCCUGCCUCUGAUAGGAGAGGUGAUAAGUCCCAACACAGGUCUGGUUCUAAAAAGUCCCGGCUGUUGGAAGAUGGAGGCAUUAAAGUCUUCAAGAGAACAGCUGGUGGUGGUGGUGUUGCGCAUGGUGUGCCCUCCUCCAGAAUGAAACGCCUCCCUGCAUCCAUCCCAGAAGGCCGAAUUCUGGACAGACACACCACAUCAACACUGAGCAGCGCACGAUCAGGUGCAUCCAGGUACCACCACCAUGGAAACCACCAUCACAGCUGCAAUAACCACUACCAUCAUGGUCAUCAUCAUCAUCAUCAUCAUCAUCAUCACCACGGACGUGACCAGGUUGUGGUUGUUGCCAAACCGAAGUACAAAAGAAAAAACUACCGGCGGUUACGUGCAAUGAUGGAGGUACCAUACGAUGAGGCUUUCAGGCGAGCUCAGCGGCGGCAGAGAAAGGAACUGUUGAGCCAUUCUGCAGCUAACGAGUACCUCCCCUCCGAUGGGCAGUUGAGCAGCCCAUACUCAUAUGUGGCAGGAAGUGACUCAGAGUAUUCAGCCGAGUGUGCUUCCCUCUUUCACUCCACCAUUGUGGACACCAGUGAGGACGAGAAGUCCAACUACACCACAAACUGUUUUGGAGACAGUGAGUCCAGUGAGGAGGAGUACGUGGAGGGGAGUACCGCCACAAGUGAUACUGAGGAAAGUGGAGGAGGUGGGGCUGGGGAUGGGACAGGCGGUAUAUGCCGGGGGUGGAGUCAGUUAGUUGCAGCUGGGUCCAGGGCAACGGGGCAGGAAAUGACUCCAGCCGAAGCAAAAGCCUUCAUCAAGAUCAAGGCCUCUCAAAGCCUGAAGAAAAAGAUCCUCAGGUUCAGGUCAGGUUCUCUCAAACUCAUGACCACCGUGUGAAUCAGCAGGACUGUCCUGGACCAGAGCCAGAUCUGCAGGGUGCCUUACCCGUGGUGCACUGCUAGUGUACCUGAACCAGUCCUAAUGGAAAGACAGAAUGUGCUUUGGACGGAACGAUGAUACACGCAUGAGAUGGAAGUAACGCUUGUCUACACUAACAUUUAAACCAACCUCAAGUCUCUAUAGCCUGGGAGACACCGCCAGACCAGCCAUCCAUCUUUGUAUAAGCAUGUGUGAGAGUGCUCCCCAUAAGAAAACAGCUUUUCUUGAUUUACUCUGUCCUUCAUAUCCUGUCUGCUCAGAAGUAUUUGGUUAGGAGGUCCACUUCAAACACACCAGUCGAGUGCAUCUGAAACAUACAGCCUUGUGACUUCAGGGGCAGAAAUUAUGUGACCUGUGGAGGUUUAUCACCUCUGUUGUCUUUUCCUGUCCUUCAGUAUGACUUUUAAAUACUAAAAAGGGAACAAGGAGGAAUCUUUGUUUUCAGUAACCUCGCAAAUUAUAUAAACUGCUUGAUAGUUGACAAACAUAUCAACUUCCUGUUCCUAAAAUGGCCUGCAUGUGGAUCAUGUUGGGGUUUUGGUUUUCACAUGCACUUCAGGUGCACACAUUUAACAAUAUUUGGAAGCGGCAAAUCGUGUGAACUCACAAGUCCCUAUUUUCAAAUCCAGUUCAUUAUAUCAAACAACUCAACAUGGUGGUACAAUCACUAAACACACAUGCUGUCAUUUAAAAACAUUUAUAAAUUGUCCUAAUGUUAUAUUCAAUGGUUAUAUCUGGUUCUCAGUAUCAGCCAAUGAAAUAAGACUUCCUGCAUUCAGGACCAACGCAGCCUUUGAUGCUUUUAGGUGGUCAAACGAAAUUUCAAUUUUCUGUGCUAACCCCUGUUACAUAGAUUUUUGACAAAAGUACACUUUCACUUUGACUUUGACUUUUAGGAAACUUCUGUUUGUCAGGAGUUGAAGGCUUUAUUUGGAUUCAGCCAAUCACAUUGGUCUCUCCUUCAUUUUCCCCUCUCUUUCAUGGUUCAUGACGUGCUUUGGCUGACUUGAACCAGCUGUUAGUAAGACCCAAGAGGAAAUUUAGUUCUCUCAGUUCUCAACGAAACAAUUUGUAUGGUGUGUAGUGCAUCCUUGUCCACAGCGUUGUAUUUGUUGUGAAUUAGUUGCCACACUUCCUGCGUCCUCGUCCCCCACGUCCCUCCAGCCACUCUGUAUGCGCCUGUGAGGUCUGAUUACUAACCAGGUAUUGUGGGUAAUGCCCCCCACUUUAAUACCUUUAAUGUUUCGGUUGUUUCGGUUGCUCAAUGGGGCACAUGGAGAAGUUCAGGUCCCACCUCCGCACAACUGACCAAUCACUGUGUAAAGUUGAACUCUGCCUUUGGAAAGUGUAUUUCUAAGCUGUCAGACACUCCAUCAAGUGUUUUGUUUGAAGCACAAUGAGACUGUCAUUGAUUCUACUGGACCACAUUUUCUGAUCUCUGCUAGCAGUGUUGCUUUAAAGGCGUUCUUCAGAGAGUAAUUUAGCAAGUUCUUCAGAUGGUUCUCCUAAUGUCUUUUAAGACUUCCCUUAAUGACUCCAUGGGGUUCUUUAGAAGGUUGUCCAGAAGGUUCUUCGAAUGUUCCUAAAUUGAGUUUAGGGAUUAGGUCGCAUCUUGUAUCUUGCUGCAGUGAUCUUGUUAUUUCUUGCACUUUGAGACAUUGAGGCAAACUGUCAGUAGCCAGGAUGGACGUUGUAACGCUGUUAGCCUUUUACUUGUAUGUAGUCUUGUUUUGUAUUUAUUAUCAUAUAAACUUUGUAGCCCGGUAGGGCACCAACACUGCAUGCCAAACGUCUGGAUAUGCUUCUCUUUUUAUUGGACAGCCCUGAUUCAAGUUAUUUGAUGAAAGUUAUUUAAAACUUAAUAUAUUUGCUUGGUACAUAUUGGAUAGCGUAUAUGGUACUGGCUAUUUUAUAUAACAUUUAUACACGACAUCUGAUGUGUCUUUUUUAACACUUUGUUUAACACUUGUUGUCAUAAUAGUGUAUUUAUACAACAUUUAGAUGCUUGGGUGAAAACCAGACCAACAUUUGUUUUGUUUCUAGAGGUUUUUAUCAUCACGGAUGAAAACCUCCACCUCCUGUUUUGGUCAUUAUACUGCUUUCAAAUUAGUGGAAUAAUGACCUGUCUCUGCACAUGAUUACACACUUGAGAUAAUUAAAAUCAAAUUCUUUUUUUUUCUUACUUAAACAAAAUGGAUGCCAUUGAGAGACAUGGAGAUUUCUGUGUUUUUUCAAGAUUGUUUGUGUCAGUGUUGCUGGUCCUGUAUCACAUCUGUUACGAUGUGAAAUAAAGUCACUGUAAUGCUGUUGAAACUUCAACUUUAGCUCAUCUGGAUAGCUAAAAAAACCAAACACCAAACAAAUGUGGUCUGGUUUCAGCUGUUACAGCCAAAUGUCGUUUCAUCUGCAGAUUACCAGAGAGUUCAGUUCUAACUUUACUUUUCUUAGUUGAAGGAACAGUCCAACAUUGGUGUAAAUCUUCUCAGAUGAGACUCAUGAGAUGUUUUAGAUGGAUAUCAGUUUCAUCUCUGUGUGGUCAGUGCAGCAGUAGGUACAGGAUGUGUUCAUUUCAAUUUAAUUGAGCAGGUCUAGACCAAACUCUUUAACUUAAUUUGUGGUACAGAGAGACCCAUCAAAACCCCUGUGCUAGCUUAGCACAGCAAAGCAAAGCAAGAGGGAACUGCUAGCAAGUGUGCCCGCAAAACUGCUGCAACAGCCUAUAUUUUAUCAAAUACUUAUCAUAUAGCAUAAUCUACCUUAAGAUCAGCUAGCUAAGAACUGCUAGCAUAUGAAAUGUUAUGGUAGGUGUGCCUAGCUUAGCACAAAGACUGGUAGCAGGGGAAACUGUGAACAUAGCUCCAUCAAAAGAGGAAAAUCUGCUCAGUGAGUGUUGGGUGUUGUAUCUUGUUUGUUCAGCAGGUGUAAAAAUAGGAAUUUAAAAAUGAGUCAUUGUGGUUUUAGCAGCACUUAACAGUGAAGCUAUUUGUGUAUUUAGUUUUUUCUUGAGGUUACAAGCAAACUCAAAAGUUUGUUGAUCAGCCUUCAGAGCCAUAAAAUUGGCAUUGGAAGUUUAUCUGAAUGUCUUCAAAUAAUCAGAACAGGACAGGUAAAAUUAACAUUCUGGUUCUGAUAGCUAGGUUACUUGCUCCUGUUGCUGAUGAUGAUCCUUGACAGUCCUCACCCUAUUUUGUGACCAAAUGGCUAAACAUGCAGAUUUUCAAGCAUUAGUUAGCAGCUAGCUAGUUACCUCUUCUUCUGAUCUGUGUGCUACACUAGGCUAAACACGUACUGAUCAAAUGGAUUCUGCUGAAAUUCACUCUUCCGACUUCUGUUAUUCAUUUAAAUCAUGCGUCUGCCGAUGCCAAGACUUUAUCAGAGUUUGAUGCAGGCAGAAAUUAGUUUGCGUCAGUGUUUAACAUCCAAAACCCUUCAACCCAAAGUGAAACUGCUUUCCUCUUGACGUUUUGCUUCAUAUUGAUUGGAUGGUACAGAUUUUACUCUUGUAAAUGAUCAUAUAUGCAACUGUAAAUGUUACUGACGUGUGUGUAUAUAUAAUUUUUGUGAAUGCUGGUGCUUAACCUUUUUACACUUCAUUAAAUGUGGACUUUGACAUGA